AUGAAUAAUGUGGACAUAGGAAGAUACAGCAAGCGCAUCAUGCAGUAUAUCUGGGACCCGGAACCACAAAAUGACCAAGAGCCUACGAUGCCUAUCUGGUGUCUAGGGGAAAAAUACAUCACUCAUAAGUCAGGGUCAAACCAGACCUCCCAACCCAAGCGCCGGGAAGACCGAGCCACGCACCACCCCACGGCGCUUCAUGGCUGGCCAGAAGAGUUCCUGAAGGAUUUCGAGUCCAAGGUCUGGAUGACUUACCGAUAUAAUUUCCAUCCAAUACCAAGAUCCGAUGACCGUGAUAGUGCCCAGUCCCUGACACUGAGAGUCCGCAUACGAAAUCAGCUUGUGGACUCUCAGGGUUUCACAUCGGACGCCGGAUGGGGAUGUAUGAUCCGAUCAGGACAGAGCCUUUUAGCCAAUACAUUGUUACUAUUACAACUGCAUCGCGACUGGCGAUAUGGACAAAAGGUCGAAGAAGAAGCGAAAGUACUGAGUCUGUUUGCGGACCAUCCAAAUGCACCAUUCUCAAUACACCAGUUCGUCAAGCAUGGCGCCGAGUCCUGUGGUAAGCAUCCGGGGGAAUGGUUCGGGCCCUCGGCAACAGCUAGAUGUAUAGAAGCAUUAUCAAGCCGAUGUGACAGCCCUAACAUUAGGGUGUACGCCCUUAAUGAUACUUCGGAAGUUUGCGAAGAGAGGUUCAUGAGUAUCGCUUGUGAUGAUUCGGGUGCUGUGCAGCCAACGCUCAUACUUCUGGGGACCAUGUUGGGCAUUGGUCGUGUCAAUCCUGUUUACUGGGACGGGCUAAAGGCCUCAUUGCGAGUGCCCCAAUCAGUUGGCAUAGCAGGAGGGCGCCCGUCAGCUUCGCAUUAUUUCGUCGGGGUCCAAGGCUCAUACCUAUUUUAUCUCGAUCCACACAGUAACCAGCCCUCGUUGCCUUGUCAUGAGCAUGGAGGGCCAUACUCCAAGGAGGAUGUUGAAUCAUAUCAUACUCGCCGGCUUAGACGGCUCCACGUUGAGAACAUGGACCCAAGCAUGCUAAUAGGGUUCCUGAUCAGAAACCGGGAGGAUUGGGAGGACUGGAGCAGCCGCAUGUCGUCUGUACAAGGGAAGCCGAUCGUCCACGUGGUCCACCAAACGGCACCUGGAUGUCACCAAACCCGAGAAGAAGCCCUGGAUGAAGUGGAGGUGCUCGACGAUGAAUGAUCUCUCAACCAACAUAAAUCUCAAUAGCAUAUACCUCAUCGUCAAUUUGUCGUGACAAUCAAGUAGAUCGUAUGAUCGAUGAACAAUUUGGAGCCAAUCGUGCAUUAAAAAGGAGGUUAUCGCAUUCUAUUGGAGGAGUUGAUAUUCACCAACAAACCCCCAAAGCCCGAGUUAUGAUACACCACAUUCACGUCACGAAUAAAACCAUGAAGACAUUCGGCCCAAGGGGUAAAAAAAUAAAAUAAUAAUAAGAUAAAAAGAUAAAAUCAAGCCAUCCCAUGACGCAUUAGAAAUCCCGCGAACACCCGGUAACCCACCACCUCACUCAUAAGACAGAGGCAGCAAAAAUAAGAAAAGAAAAGCCUGGCAAAGGAAAAGAAAAGCCUAUUUGGCGGAAGAAGAGUACUU